AUGACCCUCCAGAUAACCUCCCUUGUAUCCGGCCGCGAAGUCAAACCAGAAUGUGAUCCUCGCCCUUUGUCUCUCGGCGAAGCAACCGGCUCUCGGCCCCAUCCUCAUGGGCCAACCUUUGCUGCGGAUACACUGCGCUACUUCGCACGCUUCACCUACGAUGCGCAUCUUUUCAUGUUCCUGCUGUUCGCCGCCUGCCCACACUUUCUCCCAACCUGCCUCAUGCGGAUGUCCAGCCUGCUGAUAGGUGGGAAUUGCAACCUUCUUCAGGAGAUGGGCUGA